AAUUUGCGAAACUUCGUUCCCUCUUAAAAUUUGUGCUCAAGACCUUCGGAGGGCUUUUGAUAUACGAUGCAGCCCCCGGCGAACAACCUCGUAGCGGCUUGGGUGCAAGCAAGCCAAACACCAUUCAACACGCGCACCAUUGACCAGGACCAGAGCGGAAAAUUCAACAUAGGUUAUCAGCUGACCUACACGAACAACAUCUGCGAUACAGCCUCUGAUCGCCAGGAAGAGGAAUGUGCGUUGGACUGCCAUGCAGACAACGUCGUGAUGUCGAAGACUAAAACCCAUAUUAUCGCCGGCGUGAACUUCGCACGACAGAGCAACAUCCACCUUAUCAUCAGAGACACCGGUCACGGUUUCAUGGCGUGGUUGAUAGGGCGAGAAUCUCUUGCCACUAACACUCAUGCAUUCCAAGAUGUCAAAUCUGUCGAUAAAUACACAGUCCCAGGACCUGGGACGGCGGCGCGGUGACCAUUGACACAGUGGUCAUGUAUCAAGACCUAUACUCACUCAUCUUAUACAAAGGCUGAAAUUUGUUGUUGGGAAGCGUGUCCGACCGUAGGAUUUGCGGGAAGGCAUUUCUCUGGAGGUGGACAUGGUCCACUUUCUGGAUACAUGGACUCGCAAUUCACAACGAGCUCUCCUUCGAUGUGGUAGCGGCUAGCGGAGAUCUUGUCGCAAGUAAUGCGAAGGAGAACACGGAUUUGUUGCAGGCAUUGAAGGGGUGGCGGGCUUUGACAUUCAGACCUGUGACCAGCUUAACUAUAAAGACGCGCCUGGAGAUUCUCACGAAUGGU